AUGGUGCAGAGCCGCGUUGCAUUUGGCAGUUCGCGAGAAAGGCCGACACAACUCUCGCGAAAGGCGGCGGCCCGUACGACGCGGAGAAAUUCUUCUUCGAUUCCAUUCUUCCUUCCAAAAAGAAACGACACGGACUGGGUAACGCUGGCCGAUGGCAUGGCCGUUGCCGACGACACUCUCUGGCGGUGGGCGGGCGGCGUGGAGGGCGGGCUUGUCAACCAGCGGACUGGCGGGCACAUCAACUACCGAGGCGAGGGCCUCGUGCGCGGCCACGGCGACAAGCCGCCGUUCCGUGCGGCCGCAGCGGGGCGUGGCACCCGGCUGCACCGCGUGCCAAUCCGCGCUGACGCCCACCGCCAGGACGCUCCGCCGUGCGAGCGGCCGCCGGCGACGUUUGCGCUGCGCUUUCCGCCGCCCUUCGCCGACUGGCUCGCGGUCCGCUCUCGCCUCACCGGCCUCCUGCUGCGCAUGGUCGACGCCUCUCACCCGCCCUUCUCCGGGUACAACUGCUCCGCGUACUCGGCGCAGCUGCGCGAGGCGCUUCUCCCGUGGAGCAGCGGCGGCCUCUCUCCGACGGCCAUCGACAUGGUCUUUUGGAACGAGAUGCUGCCAAAGGUGCCGGCGCAGAACCCGGAGCCGGUCCUCUCCCCGGCGCGGUGCGAGGGGCCCGAGGAUGGGUUCCGCGGCCCGCUGUGGCGCUGGUACGCGCCGCACGUGGCUGCGGUCCUCGCGGCGCGCCACCCGCGCCUGAUCAAGGCUGUGCUGCGCGGCGCCUGCGUCGGCCCGCGGCUGGAGGGCGGCGGCCAGCCGGUCCUCGAGCUUGCGUGGGACCGCCUCGCCGCGCAGUCGCUCGAGGAGGAGCUGGCGCGGUCGGCGGUCGACGCGUGCGACUACCCGUGGGUGCUGCUCCUCGACGGCACGGGCCCGCCCCGCGAGCUGCUGCCCUCGCUGCGGCGCGGAGCCACGGUCUUCAAGCAGGCGUCCCCGUACGCCGAGCACUGGUACGCGCGGCUGCGGCCGUGGGAGCACUUUGUGCCCGUGGCGGAGAACCUCGCCGACCUGCCCGCCCGCGUGCGCUGGGCCUCGGACCACCCGGAGGAGGCGGCCGCCAUCGGCGCGCGGGGGCGCGCGCUCGCCGAGUCGCUGCACGAGCUCGAGCUCGCUUGCUACUGGUGGCAGCUCCUCACGGCCUUCGCGCCGCUUCAGUCGCACCUCCCUCGCCGGCUGGCGGCGAGAGCGUGA